CCAUCCAAUUUCAGAUCCAUAGAGCACAACUGACCACCCAACCAUGUCUCUCAAUCUCCGCCAGAAGCAAACCGAAUGCAUCGCCAGGAUGCUGAACCUGAACCAGCCUAUAAACGCGUCAUCGACGACGGCGAACGAGGAGGUUUACAAGAUCCUGAUCUACGACAGGUUCUGCCAGAACAUCCUCUCUCCAUUGAUCCACGUCAAGGACCUCCGCAAGCACGGCGUCACCCUCUACUUCCUCAUCGACAAGGACCGCAACCCCGUCCACGACGUCCCUGCCGUCUAUUUCGUCCAACCAACUCCCAACAACAUCAACCGCAUCCUCUCCGACGCUUCCCGCUCCCUCUACCACUCCUUCCACCUCAACUUCUCAACCUCCAUCCCCCGCCCCCUCCUCGAAAACCUCGCAUCCGGCACCCUUGCCUCCGAUUCCAUCCAGCGGAUCUCCAAGGUCCACGAUCAGUACUUGGAAUUCAUCACUCUUGAGGACAAUUUGUUUUCCUUGGCAGAUAAGUCUUGUUUUGUUCAGCUUAAUGAUCCUUCUGCUGGGGACAGGGAGAUUGAGGGGAUUGUGGAGAAGGUUGUUAAUGGGCUCUUCUGUGUUCUUGCCACUUUGGCUAUUGUGCCAAUUAUUAGGUGCCCUAGGGGUGGACCAGCUGAGAUGGUUGCAUCUGCAUUGGAUCAGAGGCUAAGGGAUCAUUUGCUGUCCAAGAACAAUUUGUUUAGUGAGGCUGGGAAUUUUGUUAGCUCGUUUCAGAGGCCAGUGUUGUGUAUCUUCGAUAGGAACUUUGAGUUGGCGGUAGCAAUUCAGCAUGAUUUUAGGUACCGGCCACUGGUUCAUGAUGUGCUUGGGUUGAGGUUGAAUAGGUUGAAUGUCCAGGGGGAGAAGGGUGGGAUGAGGUCUUAUGAGUUGGAUAGUUCUGACCCCUUUUGGGCUGCAAAUGGGUCGCUGGAGUUUCCAGCGGUUGCGGAGGAGAUUGAGACUCAGCUGAAUAAGUAUAAGAAGGAUGUGGAUGAGGUGAACAAGAGGACUGGUGGGACACAUGGUGCGGAGUUCGAUGGGACAGACUUGAUUGGUAACACAAAGCAUUUGAUGAACGCAGUGAACUCGCUGCCUGAGCUGACAGAAAGGAAGCAGGUUAUUGAUAAGCAUACCAACAUUGCCACCACAUUGUUGAGUGAGAUUAAACAGAGAGCGCUCAAUAAUUAUGUGAAGACAGAGAAUGCAAUGAUGAGAGGGACCCUUGAAUGGAAAGACCUUCUUGGCGUGCUUAAGGGACCGGGCACCAAGAUGGAUAAGCUUCGUUUUGCCAUCUUGUAUCUUAUUUCCUCUGAAACCAUUAAUCAAUCAGAAGUGGACACUGUGGAGGCAGCACUAAGAGAGUCAGAGGUUGAUACUGCUGCUUUUCAGUAUGUGAAAAAGAUCAAGGCAUUAAACGCGUCCUUUGCAUCGGCAAACUCUGCCAGCAGAAGUAACAUUGUUGACUGGGCUGAGAAGCUCUAUGGACAGUCAAUUAGUGCAGUCACAGCUGGUGUUAAAAAUCUGUUAUCUGGUGACAAGCAGCUUGCAUUGGCAAGGGCAGUUGAAGCCUUGAUUGAAGGAAGGCCAAAUCCCGAAAUAGAUUCAUAUCUUAUAUUUGAUCCACGUGCUCCUAAGUCCGGUUCAGGAACAAGUAGCAGCCAUUUGAAGGGGCCCUUUAAGGAAGCAAUUGUAUUCAUGAUCGGUGGAGGUAAUUAUGUUGAAUAUUGCAGUCUGCAAGAGCUUUCACAACAACAGCAACCUCCUAAGCACAUUAUAUAUGGGGCAACAGAACUCCUGACUGGAGUGGACUUCGUAGAGCAACUUACAGUGUUGGGACAAAAGAUGGGUUUGGGUAACGUUGCUUCUACCUCCUCAGCCCAGUAGUUCAGACAUGACCGUAUUCACAUUUCGGUUUGCCAAUUUAUUCUUUGGUACACAAACAUUGUAGUGAGAUAGGGAAAUUGAAUAUGCUUUUGAUGAUCAAUGUCUAGAAAGGAUAAAGAGUUUUGUGCUUAUAUAUUGCCUCUUAGAUUAUAAAUCAAAGGGAGCUGCUGAUCUCUUAUAAUUUCCUGUAGUGUAGCCGUUUAAGUUUUUGUUCAUUGUAUUAAAAGGUUUUCAUUUAAAAGCAUGAUAUCUUGCCUAUAACACAAUCCUCAAUGCUUUCAUUUCCUGUGUAGUGAUGAUUGAAAAGGCUCGGUCAUUGAAUAUUAUUGAUGUACAACUAUUAUGAGUUUCUGCAAUUUGAAUCUUAUCAUUCUUUUAAACGUUCUUGUUUAAAUUUUUGUCAAC